CAGGCACUUGACUCAAAUCUCAGGCAGAGAUGCGCGGGAUUGUGGCUGUUAGUGCGGUCGCCCUCGUUUGCGCAGUCUGGGCCGCUGAAGACAAAGAUGCUGAGAGGCCCAAAACCUUCAGGCGUCUCAUCCCAGCCGAUGUCUUAAGAGAUUUCCCCGGCGCUUGCUUCGCUUCCACAAGGUGCGCUACCAUCGAGCCAGGGCACAGCUGGGAGCUGACCCCGUUCUGCGGCAGAUCCACCUGCGUCAAGGCCGAAGAGGACGGAAGGCUCCUGGAACUGGUCGAGGACUGCGGCCCUCUUCCCAAGACCAACCCAAAGUGCAAGCUCAGCGAGACCAAGACCAACAAGACAGCUCCAUUCCCAGACUGUUGCCCGGUCUUUGACUGCGAACCAGGUGCAAAGCUAGAGUACCCAGAGAUCCCAACAGUACCACCACCCAAGGAGGAGAAGGCAAAGGCAUAAAUCAACCUGUGAUAAAAAGCUUGACACGAGCACAUUCAUAAAAUCAAUCUCAUACCAUCCUAAAAUUAUACGUUUUUUUAAGUUAAUUUAAAAAUUUAUACUUUAGAAUGUAUAGAUGUUUUUUUCUUUUUUUUUAUUUUUCAUUAAAAAAAUAAAAUAAUGAAAAAACGCUGUCUCCACUUCAUUACA